AUGAGAUAUUCCGCACUCACCCUACUCAUUCAUGCCGCUUCUAGCGUUCCAUCUGUUUUCGGAACGGAAACCACCACGAUGUCAAAUAGGCGAGAGCUUCUGAAAUUUAAGUUCGAUACCCUGCCUCCAGGUGCUGUGCGUCCAACUGGCUGGCUUAAGGACCAACUGCAGCUGUCGGCUGACGGUUUGGCUGGACACCUCUUUGAGUUUUACCGCUAUGUCUCCCGAUCUACCUGGCUUGGGGGAGACUGGGAGUAUAGCGAGUUGAACGAAGCAUCACCGUACUGGUUCAAUUAUAUCGUGCCCUUAGCCUGGUCCCUCGAUGAUGCUAAGCUAAAAUCUCAAGCAAAAGCCUAUCUUGAUUAUGUCCUCGACCACCAAGCUGAAGACGGAUGGCUCGGGCCAGAAACUACACGCCAGACGCGAGGUAUUUGGGCAAGAUCGCUUCUUCUGUUUGGUCUUACACAAUACGCCGAAGCAGACACUUCAGAACGAGACCGGAUUGUGGACAGCAUGCACAAGUUUUUGAAAUUGACUCACUCCAUGCUACGAAGCAAUUUUACAGGAUUGAUUCAAGAUAAAGACCAGGGCGACAAUUUCGACCCUUUUGGCUUCGGUCUCUCCCGCACUCAUGAGCUUCCGAUCUCUUUGAUGUGGCUUUAUGAGAACCACCCCCGUGAUGCUGGUGACAUGAUAGUCGAAACUAUCGAGCUCAUGUUUGAUGGUGGCCGAAAGGGAGGCCGUGGCUGGACAGAGUUCUUCGUCGAGGGCGUUUUUCCUAAAGGAGGAACCGGCACAUUUAAAACCAGUGGUUUUACUCAUGGUGUAAAUUUGGCUCAGGGCCUUCGAUAUCCAACUGUGCUCUAUCGCUUGACGGGGAAUGAUAGCCUUGUACAGCAGACUAGGGCGGCAGUCGAUAUGACAGUCAAGUAUCAAACGUCUGUUUCCGGUACUAUUAUUGGUGAUGAGCAUUUGGGCGCCCUUAGUCCUCAAAGAGGUUCGGAACUCUGUAUGUCAGUCGAGUCCAUAUUUUCCUAUGCCUUCCUAUACCGUUUUCAUGGGGUCAACAGUUACGCCGACAAAGCAGAACUUGCAGCUUUCAACGCAUUUCCAGCCGCCAUGAGCCCAGACUGGUGGUCUCACCAGUAUGUCACGCAAACAAACCAAAUCCGGUCAGGGAAUCUGACCAAAAACCCAUUUUUCAAUGUCGUAUCCUAUGCCAAUACAUACGGCCUGGAACCCAAUUUUGUGAGUCGACAGCUUCAGAGUGAAAAACGCUCCCAAGCUUACAUCUUGUACCCAGCCCUGCUGUACAGUCAACCACCCUCAAGCGUAUGCAAAGUACGUCGCCUCGUCUUAUGCAAAAAGCAACGAAAGCAAUUUACAUUUGGUGGUGGCUUUUCAAUGGCUUACAUUAUGAGAACAGUCAAAUGCGAAACGAGCUAUCCAUUCGACUCUACCCUUAAAUACACGAUUGAGAGUAAAACGAAAUUUGAUUUUGCAGUCAGGAUCCCCGACUGGACCACCCCGAAGGCGAAUAUUGAGGUCAAUGGCGGCCACAGCAAGACAGUCGCUCCGGAUGACUCUGGGUUGCACCACACAACAAUUCUUCCGGGAACCACGACUUUGAAGCUGGAGCUACCUAUGGAGGUUCGGAUCACGAUGCGCAACUCAUCUGCCAGUAUUUACUAUGGCCCAUUGCUGUAUGCUUUCGACAUCCCUCAUACGGAGACACAUCACCAACCACUGAAUUGGACCGAUCGCAAGCCUCUGCCAAAUGACGAGGUGCACCCGCACUCCCACGACUAUGUGUUAGAACCGACUGAGCUUUGGCAGUACGCAAUCGAUCCAGAUAGCAUCGUUGUCAAGACGUCCCAAUCGACCGUUAAAAACCUGCCCAAUCCGAUCUUUGCAAAAGAUGCUCCGCCGGUUUUUCUUACAGUUGAUGCGUGGAAGAUUGCCUGGCCAACAGAUAACGAUACAGCGGCGUGGCCUCCGAUCGACCCAGUGGUUGACAAGGAUAAAAAGGAAAAGAUAAAAUUGGUCCCGUUUGGAUCGGCCAAGUUGCAUAUUGCGCAAUUCCCUGUGGCAAAGCCUCAAUAA